AUGACUUCGAGGUAUAGAGUAGAGUAUGCAUUGAAAAGUCAUCGUCGGGAUGAAUUUAUAGAAUGGAUCAAAGGAUUACUUGCGGUUCCAUUUGUAUUACAUGCCGAUGUUGAAAAUUAUGAUGAAGGGUUCACCGAGCAUUAUUCUACUAUGGAAGAUUAUGAAAAAUAUUUAGAAGCUCAAGAGUCUGUAAUUGCUUCAGAAUGUCAAAUAAGAUAUCAAGAAAUUUUUGCUGAUGUAGAAAAACUUGUAGAUCAUACUAUAGUUAUUGAUGAUAUUAAUGAAAAGGAUCCAGAAAGAAAUUUAAAUAGUAGAUUAAGAAAAUUAGUACCAUCUGUCGGUAGAUUUUUCACUCCCUUACCAUUAACAGAAGCAUUUUUGAUUGAAGAUGAGAGAAGAUCAAUUUCAAAAAGAAGAUUGGUUAGUCCAUCUUUUAAUGAUAUUAGAGUCAUUCUUAAUACAGCCCAAGUCCUUGCUUUAACUAAAAUUUAUAAAGAUCAUCUCCGAUCUGGUUCUAAAUUGAAAUUAAUUACUUUUGAUGGAGAUGUUACUUUAUAUGAAGAUGGAAAAUCCUUAGAAGAGAAAGAUCCUGUUGUCCAAAGAUUAGUUAAGUUAUUAUCAUUGAAUUUAUUCGUUAGUGUUGUUACGGCUGCCGGUUAUCCAGGUCAACAAGGUGCUGCUAAAUAUCAUGAAAGGCUCAGAGGUUUACUUGAUGCUUUGAAUCGAGACGAUUGUAUCUUAACUCCAAAGCAAAAGGAAAAUUUAUUGGUCAUGGGUGGUGAAUCUAAUUAUUUAUUUAGAUACUCGAAUGAAUUAAAGACAUUUGAAUUUAUUGAUGCUGGUGAAUGGCACUUACCUGUAAUGCUUAAUUGGGAUAAACAAAAGAUAACAUUUAUUAUGGAAACAAUUGGUAAACAUUUAUUACAUUUACAAAAAUAUUUCAAUCUUGAAAGUACUACAACAUUGAUAAAAAAAGAAAGAUCAAUUGGAAUAAUUCCUAAUGAUCAUUGUAAAAUCUUACGUGAACAUUUAGAAGAAAUGGUUCUUUCUUGUUCUAAUAAAUUAGAUGAAAUUCUUACUGGAAGACAAUUAACUGAUAGUGGGAAGAAUGGAAUUCGAGUUUGUGCAUUCAAUGGUGGGUCUGAUGUUUGGGUUGAUAUAGGAGAUAAAAGUUUGGGAGUAGAGGCAUUACAAAGAUAUCUCUGUCAAUCAAUUGAUGAAGAUGAUUAUUUACACAAUGUUUGUCCAAUUUUGAAAAGUGAAAGUUUACAUAUUGGUGAUCAAUUUGCAAGUCUUGGAGCCAAUGAUUUUAAAGCUCGUUUAAGUGCAUGUACGGUUUGGAUUGCAAAUCCAAGAGAAACAGUUGCUAUUCUUGAUGAUUUAAUUAAUUAUUUAGAAAAAUAA